AUGGCGGAAUCGGCUCCUCAAUCAGUAACAAAUGGUGUCCAGAGUCUUCCGCAACCCAUCUCCGGUGAGAAAUUGGCACCGAAAGGGCCAUUAAACUGGAGAAAAGUUUUUCCAAAGGUAAACCAAAAUCUUGAGUACUUUGAAGGAGUCGACCACUGUAAUGUAAAACCUCCAUCGGAGAUCCUGCAGAUGGGACUCGACCAAUGGUGCUACACUCUUGUUGGUCGAUUCUUGGGCAAGACUCCCGAAUUUGGAAAGAUUGCUGCUGUUGUAAACGGUUUAUGGGGUAAACAAGGGAAGGUUACGGUUAGCACCAUGGGCUCCCUAUUUAUUUUCCAGUUUCCUAAUGAGGAUGUCAUGACAUGGGUUCUAGAAACAGGACCGUGGCAUGUAGAGCGCAAUUUUUUGAUCUUGCAAAAAUGGAGUCCGACUUUCACUGAAGAGGAACUGAGUUUGAAGAAGAUGCCGAUGUGGGCCCAAUUGCGGAGAAUUCCCCUUCAGUACUUCCAUCCUAAAGGCAUCAGCUUUUUAGCAAGUGCGAUUGGUAAACCACUCUACAUGGAUAGAGCUACUGCCCUACGCUCGAGACUGGAUUAUGCUAAAGUAUGUAUAGAAAUUGACUUUGGGAAGAAAAUUCCAAGUGUUUUGAAUGUUGAUUUGGGAAAUGAACACACAGUAGAGGUUCUUGUGGACACCCCAUGGCUGCCUGAGAAGUGUGACAAAUGCAAAGUUUUCGGUCACAGUUGCAGCAACCCAUCUGCAGCCACUUCAGCAAUACUGACACCAACCCCUGUGGAAGGGAGUUCUCCUCGGGCUGGUGAAAAAGCUGAUGCUGAACGUGCUGAACUGUCCCCUCCUGAUGCUGGAAUGCUCGCUGGACAGGGAGUUUGCGAGUUGGAGGUCCCCAACUCUAUUACUCCCACUCCCCCCCUUGCAUCAGAGCAAGGAAAAGUGGCUGAAUGGAGUGACUUGCACGGGGACAAUAUCGAAGUCCCUUCCAAAGGAGAGUCCUCACAGCUCAGAUGA